AGAAUGUUUUGAAUGUGAGGUAGAAACCAGUCAUGGGGGAUAUUCAUGUACACACGGCUCCGCAUGGGUAUGAAGAGGAAGGUUACUUGGUGUGGUACUGGGGAGAUGUCGCAUUCACUCUCAUCUACGCCGGCCUUGCUGUCGCAGAGCUCUACGUGGUCCAUUUCUCCACACAGAGGCGGAAGGAGGUCCCAUGGAGGGAGUCAGGAGGAGGGAUGGACUGGUGGCGCAAGAAGUUUCUCUUCCUGUGCAUGCUCCUUCCUCUCACCGUGUUGAGAUCUUGGAAUUUAUGGCUGUGGGCCGAAUUCAAUGGCGAAGCGGGUGAGGAUGUAGGGGACCCGGACAGGAUCAAUUCGCUCAAGUCGCAGGGGGACUGGCUGAACGCGAUUGCCUUCUGGUACCUCCUCGCGCUAAAGUCCCUCUUCCUCUUGACCUGGCACGAAAUCACCCGAUCCGGGGGGCUCCUGCGAUGGAGGACAGUUUACUUCCGCCUGGCGGGCGCCAUCGCAGCCCUCGCCAUCUUCGUGGGGGUCCCGCAGGCUCUGGCGGUGCAGUAUGGAAACAUCUGCGACAGCAGCAGACACAACGACUACUGUAGGAAGUAUCUGGACGCGACCUCCGCGCUCGUGGUGCUGCAGGCGAUCAUCGGCGUUGGGUUCGGCUUCGCGUUCGGCUCCUACGUGUGGAACUUACAGGCCAACGACCUGGUGGGGUACGAGGCCCUGCCGUCUCAGAGCCUCCUCAACCAGGCAGGGAACCGCGACAGCUACGGCAGCACGGAUGGAAAUCUGUCGGACCAAGAGACAGGGCUGAGUAGAGACAUCCAUCAUAAGUUUCGCCUACAGCAGGCAAAGAUGUACGACGGGACCGCCCACUGCGUCUCCUUCUCGCUCAUAGCUCACUGCGCCUUCAACGUCUACUUCGCCUGGUACGCGAGCGGAGGCCUGGGGCUUAUCGGCAACAGCAGCCUCAUGGUCCUCACCAUCCUCAAGCUCAUCGCCGUCGAGAUGGCGCCCCUCGCCUGGUUCUGUAUCACCAUCUAUGCCGAUUUUGCGAGUGUGGAGCGGGUGACAGUCGAAGCAAGCAUGCUCGAGGAGAUGGGGAACCACGAUGCUGGCGAGCAGAGGAGAGAGAGCGGAAAACAAGCAAGAGAACAUGAUGCUCCUGCGCCGCCCGAGGCCUAUCAGAUCGAAUGAUCUCUUUAUUCUUUUGCAUCCUCACCAGUUUUUGUUCUCAUCGUUUUGCUCUAAACUUGUAGAUUCUCUUG